AUGUACCUCCGUUUGGCAGCUGGUGCAAAUCCGAAGGUGUUGGUGAAGCUUUUGGAGAGGAUUCGGAACCAGAACACCUCAGUCAAGGCCUACGAGGUAUCAACAGCCCCGAAUCUGCACACGACUAUCUCUGGCUCUCCCAAGACCUCUGGAUGGAAGACGACUUGUGGAGUUUGGAUCAACGAGGACUUCGACGCGAAAAAGAGCGUCAUGAUGGAAUGUGGGAGUGACUUAUGCAACAAGGAAGAAUUUACCCCAGCUCAAUUCAUCGUUGCAGGCAGAUCUCGUACUGUACCCGCGAAUGUCAAAAAUACGAUUGGAGGAGACACGAGUCUGAUUGAACACACACAAGCUAUGAAAACCGUUCAUCGUGCUAUAGCAGCUGGAAAGCCCGCGCCUGCCGAUGUGGAUGUGCCAUUCUUCCUGGACGAUUUCAUCACGGCCGGGGUCUAUACGCAGGAAGUCCCGAAGGCGACCAAGAAGAGAAAGAAGAAGGCUGGAGGUGGUGGGGAUGACGGUACCAUCGGUGGAGCCAGAGAAGAUGAAGUUGGAAAAGGGAGUGGAGACGAAGGAAUGAUAACGUAA